AUGGCAUCAAACAACCUCCCAGCGGGAGCGUUCUUCACAUCGAUCGAGGGGAGGAGAUGUACGGCAAUACCCAAGGUGGCAGUUGCGUCGCCCGACGUGAACACGCCAGCCCCUGUCCAGACGACACCGCCGCCAGCCAUCAUCGAGGUCCAGCCGACGCCGACGCCCGAGCCAGCACCAGCCGAGACGACAGCAGUGGUAGUGGUAGGGGCAGGAGACAACAGAGCCGAUCCUGCUGCCAACGAUGGCAAUGAAGUAGAGCAAGAGAUUGUUGCUCCAAGUACGACGAGCUCCCCCCCGGCUGUCAUCAACUCACCCAUCAUCACACCUCCCAGCCCAGCGCCAGAAUCGGUGCAAGUGGUACAGGCACCAGCCGAGAUCUCUCCGCCGCCGGUGGGCCCCCCGCCGCCGGUGUCGUCGUUGUCUCCUCUGCCUAUUGUACUCCAGCCUGAUGCUGGCGCUAUUCUCCAGUCCUUCGCUGUCAUUGCAGAACCUGCCCCGUCUCAGCAGUUCAUGGUUGAGCCGUCUGCCACGCGGAACAGUCAGACUGAUAACAGAGUAAUAGCCUCUUCUACCAAUGCGCUGCCAGGGUCUUCGGAGACGGACAGUUCGGAUUCUCUAUCGCCUCCACCGGGAGUCUUUCCUGAUGGGGGCCCAGCAGCAACACCGGUCUCGCCCACCAUUGGGGGCGUGCCGCCUCAGGGCACGGCUGGUGGUGGAGCCUUUCCCGAUACCGACAUGACAGCAGGUUCAUCAGGAGCUUCCAACAGCAACGCAGUGCAAUCAACCUUGGCCGUGGCAGGAGGUGUCAUCGGAGGUGUGGUUGCCCUCAGCAUACUGGCCUUCUUCUUAUGGUGGUGGAGGCGUCGGAUGCUCAGGAAAAGACGGAGCACUCUUCUGACUCCGCUCGAUGCCACCUCCUUUGACAGAAACGAAAAAGGGGGCCCCUAUAUCAUCCAGCGAGGGAGCAUCGGGCCAACCCCAGUGAGCGAGAAAGUCAAGGCGGCCCUGGGGAUCAACUUCAACAAGUUCCGCGCCCACGUCAGAAACAAGACAGGAGGAGGCAGCAGCGCGCACUCGGUCAACCUGGACCGGGGCACGUCGCAGUUCAUCGACGCGAACGACAUCACCCACAGCAGGAACGGCUCAGCAGGAGUCAACACCCGCGGAGGUGAAGCAUCAGCCAGAGACCGAUUCGUCGACUUCUUCUCCCGGAUGAAACCCGAUAUUGGCUUCAAGAACCGAGACCCGGCAAGUGACAACCUAGCAGCGAUGGGCAACUACAACGCCACCGCGGAGAAGAACGCCAUGGCCAACAACCUGCCCGGCCAAAACCAACAACAACCCGACUUUCUGACCCUGCUAGAAAUGGACGAAUCCGAACUCGACCACGAAGCCCAACGCCGCCGCGGGUCACUGUCGCGCAACAACCGGAGGAGCACCUCUAGCACAGAUCACUUCCUCUCCGGACUUAACCUCUUUUCUUCCUCCACCUCCCAAAACAACAACAACAACAACAACAACACCAACCCCUUUAGCGACGCCAACGCCGUCACCCCCCCUCCCCGCUCCUCAGCCCAACCCCCGCCGUUGAACCCCUUCUCCGACGCCAACGCCAUAGGCAAACCAACAACCUACAUAUCCGACAUCCGCCGCUCCCGAGGCCAAUCUUUUACCACCACCGGCGGUCCCCCCCACCAACAAUCAACCCUCUACCGCGACAGCCUCCGCGACUCCUUCACCACCACAGUAACAACAACCACCAUCCCGGGCCGCAACAAAUUCCGCUCUGACCCCUUUGACCUUGAAAGGCCAGAGUUCCUCGGCAUGGGGAAUAUACCCCCUCCUAUCCUGAUUGAAGGGAAAAAGGCGAGCAUUAUUUCGUCUACGGCAGGGACGGUGGGGACAGGGAGCGUGAGUGGGAGUGUAGUUAUUAGGAAGCCGCAGUCGGCGGUGGUGGUGAAAAGGGGCCAGAGGGCGGAGAGCUUUUCGAGCAAGUACUCUAGUGGGGUGAGUAGUUUGGGGGGGUUUGAGGAAGGUGGGGGGUGGAGUGAUCCCGGGCCGGAUGUUGGGCCGGCGGUUGUGGCUAGGGGUGGGAGUUCAACUACUGGGAUGGGUGGAUGGAGGGAUGAGGAGGAGGGGGGGAUAGAGGGGAUUAGGAGGGUGGGGACUGGGGGGAGUGGGAGGAGUGUUGGGAAGGCGAUGUAG